AAAGGGGACAGAGGCGGCGGCGCGGGCCCCAGGCCCCAGCCCUGGCCCAAGGAGGGCUCGUUCAUUCUGUGUCCUAGCCGCCGCGGGAUCGAAGUCCUAGGGCCACGGUGACCACGAUGCAGCUCUUGAUGCGAGUGCCCUCUCUUCCCGAGCGGGGUGAGCUGGACUGCAACAUCUGCUUCCGACCCUACAACCUCGGGGCCCGCGCGCCCCGCCGCCUGCCUGGCACGGCGCGUGCCCGCUGCGGCCACACGCUGUGCACCGCUUGCCUGCGCGAGCUGGCGGCGCGGGGCGACAGCAGCCGCACGGCCGCGCGCGUGGUGCGCUUGCGCCGCGCUGUCACGUGCCCGUUCUGCCGCGCGCCUUCCCCGCUCCCGCGCGGUGGCGUCACGGAGAUCGCGCUAGACCCUGACUUGCAGUCACGGCUGGAGGAAAAAGCCCGAGCUCAGCGUGAAGGAGACCCGAUGGGGAGCCCGGCCAAAGAAAGCGGAGAGGAUGGAGAGGACGACGACGGGAAAGAGGGGAGCAAGAAGGGGGCGGGACCUCCAAGUGCGGGUUGGCGCGCGCUUCGCCGAAUUUUGGACCGGGUGCUGACGCCGGCGCGUCGCUUGCGGCGUCCGUUGCCUAGCAAUGUGCUCUACUGUCCAGAGGUCAAGGACAUUGCCCACAUGACCCGUUGUACGCUGUAACUGAAGAACCCGGGAGCUAUGGCAGAAAGCAGGUGGGAGCAGCAUUCUCCGGUGUGCUCUGAAACAAAGGGUUGAUGUCAAGACUACCUGGAAGUCAAGACUGAUGCUGGAAUUGGUACGUGCGUGUUGGAGAUGGAGCUGAACUGAACGUACCCUAGGUGGUGUGAAUUCUGAGCUGCGAAGGCUCCGCGACAGUGCCAGCAUUAACAUUUUCAGGAUGGAGUGGCAAAGGGAUAAUAGAAACACAGCCUACCAUAAUGUGGGAAGAAAAAAAUAACAAAACUUUGGCGUUUGUUCAGUCUGUGGUGUAAGCAACAGAUCCCAUUUUAGCAGUGGUCUAUGGUUGAAAAUGCCUACUUUGAAAAAAUAGGACAGGACAGGGGAUAUGCUAAUUUUUAUGACAUGUCAAGCUCACUUAUCUGGUUAUGUGUGUUUGCUGGCAUGCAGUCUUCCCACUCUUGGUUCUGUGCUCCAGAAAUUACUGAGUUGCCUCCCUGCUUAUGAUUGGAAGUCUUGCAUACCCAACCUCCUUCAGCUUAAUAGGGCAGGUAUGAAAACAUCCAAGGGACAUUUAUUUACAGGAGGCCUUAAUUAAGGCUUAUCAAGGAUGGGUGAGCCACUUGAUAAAGGAAGCAAAAUUUAGCCCUUUAUUUGUUAUCUUUACUGACUCUGUAGCAAUAUUGGGGGGGGGGAAGAUGCUCACAUAAUUUUGUGUCCCAUAAUGGGACAUUGUUUAUUAUAUGUAGAUAGUACUAUUUUAAAAUCCUGUAAAUAUCUUACUGUAGAUUUAAAAUCAAGACCAGCAGUGUUGGUUGGUCUCACAGCUUGCUAGAAAUGCAGAAUUUCAGGACCCCAGUCCACAUUCCCUGAUAUUUUUAGAAUCCCAGGUAUGUGUAUGUAAGUUAAGAAACAUUGGUUUAGAUCUUAGUCAUUCUGGGAUGUCAUCAUCAUCUGUAGGUGGAACAUUUAAAACAUUAGUGACACAUUAAAGUUCCAAAGUGAUAUUCUUUUGAGAAGAAUUUUUUUUUCUGAGCUACAAAUGUAAAUUUACAAUAGACCUCAGUUUUCAGAGGUUCUCAAGAUUUUGUUUUUAUUGACAAAUGUAUGUAGUAUAAGUUUCCAUUUUUUUUUUAUAAAGGAAAAGGUUUUGUCCUUUUCCUGUCCUUAAGUUUUAGCUUAAAUGUCCCUUUUUGGAAGCCAGCAUGCAUCUGUUGUAAUGUGCCUGUUGUCUCUAUUUUCUGUAUAUGUGUUGUCAAAGUGAAUGCUACAUUUAUUUUCUGGUAUUUUAUGUUUUGAGUGUUUCUAGUGUAUAAACUUUAAAAUGACUAUCUCCAGAACCAAUAGCAGUGUUAAUGUAGAAUAUAUAUUCAAAAAAUGUUUGUUGAAUUUAUUUUGAAUGUAAUAGU